CUUAAUACUAGGUUAUUAUCUUAGUAGGAGGAAAUGGGAAUCUGACACAUAGCAAAACAAGACAUUGUCUGUUUUAAUACCUGUGUAUUAUAUGCCAAACAGUUUUUCCUGGAAAUUAUCUGUAUGUCAGCAAAGUGUUUGCUUUUGGGUUUAAUUGUUCACCUACAAAUUAUUUGAUACAUUCUUCUGUGCUCAAUUUUUGCCUUAGGUGGAUCCUACUGAUAUCUUGCAAACAACAUUGACCAAACACGAGUCCUUUCAACACCAAGGAAAAAUUAGCAAACACUUUAUAGCUGGUUGCUCUGCAAAGAGCCUUCCUUUCCUGCGUGUUUCAUCCAGAAACAGAGACAAGCUGAGUCUUUACUUUGUUCUUUUCCAGCAUUAUAGCAUUUUCUAACAAACAUUUUGUUUCAGGAUGCCUCACACAUGACACUUGGCCUUGCUGAGCAUCCAUAACUGACCAUGGAAACGCUCAUAUCACCAAGUAUCCAAUUGUUCUAACUCAUGGUGUCCAAAAGGGCACUUAAAAAUCAAAGUUCAUUUUUAAAGCUUUGCCCUGUACUAACAAAUAAGGUUUCAUGAUGCUCAACCAAAUAGCUUGUUCAGAAACAUGAACUCCAGCCCAGAGAAAACCAUUCAUCAUUUCAAAGACUGUCAGCCAUUACUAGACACAUAUGUAAGGAUUUUUUAAAACUGAAUUGAGUAUCAAAGGCACAUGUUCUGCGUAAAUGUCAGGCAUUUUUACUCAUUUUUCUACUAGAGUUCUGUGAUUAAAAUAAACAUUUACAGUAUGAGAUUUUUUUCCCUGCCUCUGAACACUUUUUGGAUCUGAAUCUUUGUUUUAGAAGAUGUGUCUUGUGAAAAAGAAAUCUAGGAAUAUGGGUCAAAUGUGGCUUUUAAGGCUUGUUCAUAUUUUAAUUGCAUGGUUGCAGACUUAACAAGAGAUGAUUCUUCCCUCCUUGAAAUUUAAGACAUCGAAAGGUUAAUUCAGUCUUCUCAGUUCCAUUUCCUUCCGUCUGUUCCCCUUCCCACACUCCUCCCCACCCCCCAUCUGUAGACAGCUGAGUUAUUUGAAUUUUAUGCAAGCUAGUAUUCAUCCAAAAGUGAAAAUCACUCAAUGUAUGCACUAGGCAAGCGAAAAUUGCAGUACUGCACACUUGCAUUUUUUACUUCCUAUUUACUUUUCUUUGCAUUCACCAGCUUGGGCUGUGGACAUACAUGCUCAUGUCCCAAAGAUCAAGUUAACUCAAAUUAAAGCUUGUGUGUCCCCAUUGCUGUUGAAUUCCCAUUCUUUGUUCUCAUGUGGAAUCUAUGCUCAAGCUGCUGUGGUGCUUUUACCUUGGGUUGCGGAAAGGCUACAGUUCACAUUACCACAAUUUAUCAGCUGCCAACACAAUCACUCUCUGCUGCUCCCAUGUUAUUUCAUGGUGUGGUCACUCUUACUCAAGGUACACUAACUCCAAAGGAGUUCCUUUGACAGAGCUCAGGUUAACAAUGGGAUGAAGAAAACUUUAUUCCAAAUGAUUUUAGCACUUUGCAUACAUUUGCAAGGAAAAAAAUCCAUAAAAGAACUCAUUAAAAAUGUUCUAGUUCACUCAGGUUCUGGAGAAAGAGAUGUUCACUUCAGAUGCCAGGAGAGGUAAACAGUAUAAUCUUUCUUUUUUCUUUAUUUUACAUUUUAAAAAAGAAAAACAGCAUUUAAUGUAAAUUUCUUGCAGCUUUCAUCGAAAGGCAGAAGUCAAUAGAUGUGGAACUUACUGAUUACCAUUUUCUUACAUAAUUGUUGACCUUGUAUACACAGCAUGUAAUACCUAUGUGUUUGAUUUACACUGUAUAACAAGCUUAUAAAAUUGGAAAAUGAUUUUUGGAAAAGAUGAUGGAAAACUACAAGUUUUUAUUCUGCAAAUUUCUCAGAGUAAUCAGCUAGAAAAGAUAACUUGGCUGCCUUUUCUGUUCCUCUGCUUCAGCAGCCUUGUUUCCUUAAGCAGCUGAAAAGCUUCAGGGUUUAUCCUCCCCCCAGCAUAAAACCACUCAAGCUACCAGAAGUCCCAGGCUAUUGCGAGUGGAAUGAUUUGGCAACACAAAGAGAAGUGCUGGUGAGGCACCCCUCAAAACCACAUCCACAGCUCCGUGUCCCAGGAGUGAAGAAUACCUCACCUCUGUAGCUACCACCACGGAUUUUAACAACAGACCCACCUAUUGUGCUUUUUCCUCUGGACAAAAUGAAAAUCUGAAGUUAACAUAAAGUUAAGUAGAUGUCUGGAUUUUAUGAUCUUUGAUCUAUCUUCUCCUAGAUUAUGCUGGUUAUCUAUUUGCUGCACAGUGGGUACCACAAUUUCAAUGGUAAUGUUUCUCCUGUCUGAAGCAAAGAUAGGAAGAAUCCCAAGAAUGGAUUGUUUCAUUCCAGAGCAGCUAGCUACACUGAGAAGAGCCAUGUUUGAGCACACUCCCGACGCUCAUCCAAGAUUUCCCUGUCUUACUCCUUCCCUAAACUGUUGCUUGCAGAAGAUACUUCUGUCCAGAGACAGAAAGAAGGGAAAAAAAAUAAAGACUGUUAAAGACUCAAAGUCAUGCUAAACUUGUGUCUCUAGACCAGUAUUCAUCACAAACUGUCAUGUGCUCUGUAGCACUAACUAAUGUGACUAACACAUCACAUGCCUCAUUCCCCACCCUGGCUUUGGGGGGAGAAGCCUGUGCACGGACAUUCUGUAUUCUACUUUUUCCUUUAAUAAUUCAUGCAUGGGUCAACAAAUUUUGCUAGAAGGCGCCAGGCCAGAGCCAAGUACUUUGUGCUGGAAGACACACUUUUGGGUAAGUUCUUGAGAAAGCUCUGUUGCAAGAAUCUCCAUCUGGUUAAACUUUUAAAAAUUCACCCCCAUACCAAGUUUUAUAAUAUAAAAAAAGCCAAAAAACAAAAGAAGAGAGAGAGGAAAUUUCUACUCCCACUAGCUUAUGUUUUCUCCUUUUGCUCUUUGCUGCAACAGGGUCUCUGGAAUAGACUUGUCUGAACUCCUGAGCUAUUUGGAAAACACGGGGCUGGAAAAAAUAGCCCAAGAAGAAGGACUAUCUACGACUGCCUCUCCUCCCCCCUCAUCUUCUGCAUGUACUGACCCUCAAGGUUCAACGGUCCUGAUAUGGAAAAUGAAACACCUUAGAGAGCUUCUGUAAAGAUUCUAUAGUCUGCAUGCUCCACUGGCUUCCUGGUUUUGCACAUUUCUAUACACUGGAUCAUUCUGCUGCCUCUGUGCAACACAAAGAAAAGUUGAAGUUCAUUGCAACCACAGUCAUCCCAAGGCCAGGACCCAUCAUGUCCGACAAACCAGAUUUUGCAGAAAUUGAAACAUUUGACAAGACCAAGCUGAAGAAGACAGAAACCAGAGAGAAAAAUCCACUGCCCACUAAAGAAACUAUCGAACAGGAAAAGCAAAGUGAAAGUACAGCCUGAGUAUAAAUUCAAGAUGUGACUGCUGCUUCUUCAGUGGGGUUUUGACUUCUGAGUUGGGUUGUUGUUUUAUUUUGUCCCUCCCACACCAUUUUUGUUGCCUGUUUAUUUUAGAAACAUUUGUUCAUUUAAUGUUCCCUGGAGAAGUUUAUUCUGUGUUUUUUGAAGAAGAUACUAUGUAUUUGUAUUCUUAAAAUUAUAAUUCCAAGUUCGCUAUCAACCCCAUUACUUGGCAAA